GGCCGCAGAUACCCACAGCUUCUCUUUGUUUCUGAAAGGGACACAGAGUGAUUGAUUGAUUGACUGAUUGAUAACCUGCAACAAUGCCAGUGGGAUCUGCAGACACCUCUUCCCUUGCAGUGUUGGGUGUUGAUCCCUUUGUGCAGCGCAGUGCUGUGCUCAACAGUUUCUAGCUGCUCCUUUGCAGUUCAGCUUUAUUUGAUACUUCAGCUCUUUCGACUGUGGCUCAGGAAAACCCAGUGUAUGUUCCAUGGACCUGGCUCUGCAGAGGUUAACCUGGAGGAGCAGGGGACAGUGCGGCCGCCUCUCCUGAGAGCGGGCACCCUGGGGCAGGGGUGUUUUUAUGCAGUGAGUGUGAAGAAAACUGCUUGUCUUUCUGAGACAGGGUCUCACUGCUGUUCAGGUUUGAACUGACUUCAUAGCCCCAGCUGGCUUCAGACUCAGUUGUUGACCUUUGAAACAGAGCUUCCCCAUGGGAGCUGUGACAUGGGGAUCAUUUGCUUGCAGAAGGAGGCAGAUGCGUGUAUGUGCACUUGUGCGUGUGCAAGGGGACAACCAUCAUGCAGGGGCCCCACGAGGUCAGGACUCUCCUGUGCGUGCCCCGGGCUGACCCCUCUGGCCUGGCAGACCCAGUGCAGAGGAAAGCAGCCACAUCCAGUAGCACAGAGGGCUGGGCCAGGUCCCCAAGUCCUUGUCCCUCCCAGCGGUGCCCAGUACCCUAAUAGACGGUGGCAACAUUGAUAGAAAGAGCACGAUUGAUCCCUGAAGGCUCACUUUUAGAGAAAAAUGUCCUUUCAUUAUUUUUUGAAAAUGAAGAUUGCUUACCUUUUCCAAAGUGAAAUGCUUUCAUCACUGAGUCUCCUCCAAGCCGGUGCAGCCAGGAUGCCUGGGAUAACACAGGUUUGGUGCAUGUCUGUAAUCCCAGCCUUCAGGAGGCUGGGGCAGAAGGAUCACAUUUCAAGGUCAGUCUGAGCUACGUAAUGAGACUCAGUCUCAAGAAAGAACCCAGGCUUGGAGGCCCGGCUACCUAUGAUAGGAGAGCAAGGGGCCACAGUUUUGCAGAUUGCUUUUACCAAAUCUUAUUGUUAUUACUGUUACUUUUCAUCUACAUUGUGUAAGAUAUUGCAGACAGUGAAUGCUACAUUUUAAAAACACACUGAAGAGUUAAUAAGAAUAAAAUAAGAAUAGAUUCAGGUUAGAGGAAACUUUUAAGAACUCAUGUUCUUAAAACUCAUGUUCUAUUCAUAGAAAGAUCGCAAGUUUAUAGAGUUUACUUCAUUCGGUUAUAAAUGUAAACAUCUGCCAGACAUGGUGGCUCACACCUGCAAUGCCACAAUUCAGGAGGCUGGGGCAGGAGGAUCACGUUCGAUGUCAGUUUGAACCACAAGUGAAUUCAAGGCCAGCCUGAACUGCAUAGUGAGACUCUGUCCAAAAAGACAAAAAAUAAAAAAUAAAUAAAAACAAACAUCACUGAGCAUGAUGGUGUGUGACUGUGAUUCUAGCACUGUGGAGACUGAGGCAGGAGGACCACUGUGAGUUCAAGGCCAGCAUAAGGUACUUAGUGAGUUCAAGCCCAGUCUGGACUACAUAAUAAGACCCUGUCUAAAAAAACAAAAACGGGGGCUGGGGAUUUAGCUCAGUGGCAUUAGCACCUGCCUUGCAAGCAGGUGGUCGUGAGUUCGAUCCCUGGUACCAAUAAAAAUAAGAAAAUAAAAAACGAAACUAAAACUAAAACUAAAAAUAUAUGUGUGAGGACUUUUUUUAAAAGACAGGGUCUCUCUGUAUAGUUCAGGCUGGUCUUAGGUUUACUAUGUAGUCCAGGGUGGCCGUGAACUUGGAUAGAUUUUCCUGCCUCAGCCUUUAUAGUACUGGGCUCACAGACAUGUGCCACCACACCCAGCAUCUGCUGUGUUACUGAUAGGAGCCUAAAGUGGUACCUUUGCUUUGUAAGAUAAUGAGUCUUACCAUAUGUCCCAGAAAUUCCAGUCCUCGGCUUUUGCUCCAGGAAAAUUGAAGCUGAUGUUCACACAAAGCAUGCAAGUGUGGCUGCAGUGCACUCUCAGGAAAAGGGCUCACAGAUCUCACACACACACACACACACACACACACACACACACCCCUGCACACUUGCGCGGGACCUGGAUGCUGCUCACCUUAAGAACAAGGCAGUGCUGCGUGCUCUGCGUGACUGGCCUGGAGGGCAGCACUAGGCCAUGAGCCGCAGGGUGGGGUUCAAGUUCUGGGCAUGGGAGGCUGCGCAGGAGAGGAGUGCGAGUUCCGAGAUGCGUGGCAUGUGGGUGGCAUCUCAGAAACCCCAAAACCAUAACACUUGCGCCUCAGUUGCAGGCUUUUGGGGAAGCUCCGCAAUUUCAUCUUUGUUCCGUGGUGUUUUGAGGCAGGGUCUGGUUCCGUAGCCCUAGUUGGUAUCAGACCUGCCACUUAGGCCGGCUGGGCCAGAGCUUUAGCUCCCAGGGCUGGCUGAUGACUGGCAUUGCCCCUGCACACGCAGCCCGCCUGCCUGGUGGGCUUGGAGAGAAAAUUGAGAGCACUUUUCCUGCCCCAGGAGCGAUAACAGCUGCUAGGCACGGCUGUGCUCGCCGGGGGAACCUGCGGCCUGUCCACAGCAUCUGCAUUCGCCAAGAACCCGUUCGUUCUCCCAAAACACCUGUGCCUGAGCUUUGGGGGAGCCUUGUACCCCGCAGCUGUUCCAUCUCCCAACACUGCCUCUCCUCCCCCUUAGCAUCUGACUCACCCACUUUGUAUUCAGCGUGUGCAAAAAGUUGUGCCCAUGUCGUCCACCACUUUUUCUCCCUCCUGGGGACUGAACCCAGGGUCUUCACACUGAGCUACCAACCCAGCCCUUUAUAUUUUAUUUUUAUUUUGAGACAGGGUCUCACUAAGUUGCUAAGAUGCCCAGACUGGGCUCAAACUUGUGAUUCUCCUGCCUCAGCCUCCCAGAGUGCUGAGAUUACAGACAGGUGGGUUUGGAUUGUCUGUAAAGUGCAGGUUUUCCCAUGUGAUCUUUUGCUGUGUGUGUCCUGCGUUCUGGCCCUAGAGUGCAAGGGACCCCAUCACAAAGCCUGACCCUCCCUGCCCUGCUCGGCAAGUUGCCCUGGUGUUGUGCACAAUGAAUAAACAGGAGGCGGAGAGGCCCACACUGCAGCCGGCCCUCCCUCCACAGCUUGCACUUGUGAUCCUGCAUCCCAGCUUCAUCCUUCAGGCACCUGGGGAGUCAGGCUCCCUAACCAGGCAGAUGCUGAGCACAGGAGUGCGUCCUCACACCCAGGCGCAGCUCUUAAAGCUCAGGCUGAGGAACCAGGUGUGGUGCUGCGUGCAAUAUCCGAGAGGCUGAGGCAGGAGGAUCGCUGCUAGCUCAAGGCCAGCGUAGGACACUAGUGAGUUGGAGGCCAGCACCUGGACUGCCUGGAGAGGCCUUGUCUCAAAUCCCUACAUAAACAGACAGACAGACCCUCAGGACCUAGCAGGCUGCGGACGCUGAGUACCGCCCUGGCCCGCGGGGCCGCGCGUGGAACCGGGAUGGGUGCGGCCGCCAGCAGGACGUGAGCCCGGGGCGCGGAGAGGACGGAGCCGCGGAUUCACUCAGAGGGCAACCUCGUGGAUGGCCGAGAGGAAGCCUGAUGGAACAGGACAGAAGCAGCCAUGUGGCGGGCAGUACACUCAGUCCAUUCCUGAUCCCAGCAACAGCUCCUGCCUGUCAGCUCGAGCCCCUGGCCACCAAGCUGCAGAACGGAAGCCCCGUCCCCGAGCAGCCUCACCCCGAGGUGAACAGGAACACCAGGUGGCAGACCCUGAAGAGUUGGUCUGGGGUUCCCCCAAGCGGCCGCGCCAGUCCUGACUUCCUCCAUGAGGACAGAGGCUUUUCCAGGUGUCUGGAAAACGGGGGUAUAAAACGUACAGUGAGUGAACCGUCUCUCUCUGGGCUCCAUCAGAACAAGAAGUUGAGACAAGACCAGAAAGCCAACAGAGAAAGAAAACACCUCGGGGAGAGUCAGGAAAGAAACCCAGCUGGGUGCAGCCAAUCCCACACCUCUGAUGUGAAUGAGAACAGAGAAUCCGUGAGCUCCAGAGCCCAAGAAAAUGUAGCUGAAGAUCUCACGACUUUGCCAACACUUGACUGCAAUGGGUCGGAAAACUCGGUGCAUCCGGUUCUGCGAGAGCAGGAGCAGAAAGAUGCUGAGGACAUUGCGUUACCUCUGAAGAGCAAGGCAGCGCUCAUGCCUAAUGGUGCUACAGAUUCUGCCUCUUCCCUGGAAAACGCACACGGUGAACUCCUGGAAAAAACACUGUCCCAAUGUGAUACAGAUUGUGUUUCCACUGCAGUGCAGAAAACCACAUCUCACAGCAACACCAUCGAUGGCCAGGCUUCUCCUGAGUCCUCCUGCAAGGUCGCUCACCCAUCGCAUACCUCAGGGCACAUCCAGUGCCCACACCCCUCGGGCUCCGAGCUGCCCCCAGAGCCAGCUGCGGUGGGGACCGAGGCCUGCGACACGGGUCAUGCCAGGCCACCAGCUGCAGUGCCAGAUACCUGUCCCCUCCAGAGGCCGGCACAGCUCCAGCCACAAGAGCCAGCGCUGGAGAUCUGCUCCUGUCCUGCCCAGAGCAGUGACAUGCAGCGGAAUGCAGUGCCAGUGUCUUUGGAGGGACUGGGUGCAGGGUCCAGCAGCAACUUUCGAGCUGCUGACAGCAGCUCUGAACAGUAUUUACAGCAAAAUGAAAUGAAUGGUGCUUACCCCAAGCAAAGCUCAGUGUUCCCUAGGGCUUCUCCUUCUGCCACUACCGCACCACCUCUGCCACAGUUGCUUCCUCCUCCCCCUCCUCCUUCCAAAGGAAAAGCCGCUCUGCAGGACACCGUCUGGGAAGAGCACCACCAGCUCCCCAACCAAAGCAACAUAACUGUCCUAAGGGAAGUGAAACUAGAGGGCCAACCUGAGGCUCCACCAUCCCAGAGUCCCAAUCCAUCGCUGCCUGCGUCCAGCCCCAGCCUGAGGCCUCCAGAAGGGCCUCAGAGUCAUGGUGUCCAUCAAAAUGGCACAGGCGUGCUGGGGCCUGUGCCCCUGUGUACUGAGAAAGCAAGGCCAACACCAGACCAUCUGGACCAUCUCAAGCACAACCCACCUGCCCUUGCUCAUGGGAGAGAGGUGCAGGAGCCCUGCCCACCACUGCUUGGACACAAAGAGAUGGAGAUUCUGCAGAAUCAAGACCAGCAACACACUCAAGGUCUCAUGCCCCCAGCCCAGCACUAUGUGAAUCCGGGAUGGAUCGAGUUGAAGGCCCCUCAUUUUUAUCAAGCUGAAUCUCAUCCAAAAUGCAGCAAGCCAUCGUUGUGCUCCGUGCUUCAGUAUCAGCCCAAACCUGCUGUGCAGACGACCUCUAGAACAUACACUGGAAACUCCGUUCCUGGGGGCCUUGCGAAGCAGGCUUACGUCCCACAGGCAGCGCCAGCACCAGCACCAGCGCCGCAGAAUUCCCAGGUGUUCCACAGUGACGUGAGUCACAGGCAGCCGCAAGGUACGGUGGACCAGCAUCUCCAGUUCCCCCUCCUCUCUCACCAGGGCCACAUCUCCAAGACAGAUGUCCCGCCUGAAGCCUGCGCACAGGCACUGUGCACCCCUCGAUAUCAUUUCCAGCAGGUCACAGAUCGCCAAGCCGAGAGACUGCAAUCCCCGUUGUUAAAACAGCACUUGAAUAUACAGGCUUCAGAGCCAGAGCCGUUUUCAAACUCGCACCUUUCACAACACAAGCCCUCUAAGCAGGCAGUACAAACACAACCACCCCCAAAUUCACAGUUCCCUCAAAACCAGCAGCAGAAGCCACAGCAGCAGCAGCAGCAGCAAUUACAAAUGCAGAAUAAAGAACAAAUGCCUCAGGCUUUUCCUCAUCCACAAGGUAACAGUGAUCUGCAAAGAGAAGAAUCAUUGUUUGACCACAUUAAGGUAGAAGAAUGCUUUGGUGGGGAAAAUGAGUAUUCAAAAGCAAGUGAGUUCCAAACUCAGAACACCCAAGCAGGAUUGGAGAAAGGACAGAAUGGGAGUAGUACAAAUUCCCCAUAUGGGCAGGACUUGAAAUCAAGUCCAAGCAAAACUCAGAUUUCCUGUUCAAAAAACACACACUUCGUUCCAGAGAAUAAAGAACAAAGUCUACGUUCAGAACUCUUUGCAAGAACUAAAACACAGCCCUUGCACCCCAUGCAAUAUGUUCCAAACAAUGUGACUCCAGGGCAAGGUGUUCUGCACAGGUGCUUUCAAAAACAAGAGCAGAAGCAGCCACAAGCCCUAACUUUCCACAGAUACACAAACAGAAGUCAAGAGGUGCCCACACCACAGGCUGCACAGCUGGCGCAGCAGAGAUACUUGAUGCAUAGCCAAGCCAAGGCUUCUCCUGUGCCCGAGCAGGCUCAGAGUCAUGCUCAGACUCCUCCCCAGAAGGACAUUAACAGGCACGCGGCCCUGCGGUGGCACCUCUUACACAGACAUGGCCAGCAGCAAGGGAAGCAGUCCCAGGCAGAGCCUGGUCCCACCCAGACGAACCGGCCAAUUAAGCUGGAGCCCGGGACCAAGCCCACUGCCUGUAUGCGCCCUGUGUCAGGGCAGCAAGACUCCAAAACGUGGAAGAAGCCGCCCAGGCAAGAGGCUCCCGCCAGGGCCUCUGACCACGUGCCGUCCAAGAGCAUCCUGGAGACCAUGGAGCAGCAUCUAAAGCAGUUUCCGGUCAAAUCCUUGUUCGACCGUAAGGCUUUUGCCCUCAAAUCACAGAAACAAAUAAAAGUUGAGACCUUGGGGCCCAUCACGGUGCUGUCGAGACAAACAACUGCUGCAGAGCUCAACGGCCACGCCCCAGCCAGAGAGCCGCAUGCAGCUCCUGAAAAGACGCCAACCAAAAGAACAGCUGGCUCUGUUCUCAACACUUUCAUAGAGUCACCUUCCAAAUUGCUAGACCCCUCUAUAAAGAAUUUGUUGGAAACAACUAUGAAAACUCAGUAUGAGUUCCCAUCAUGCCGAUGUGUAGAGCAAAUUAUUGAAAAAGAUGAAGGUCCUUUUUAUACCCAUCUAGGAGCAGGUCCUAAUGUGGCAGCUAUUAGAGAAAUCAUGGAAGAAAGGUUUGGACAGAAGGGUAAAGCUAUUAGGAUUGAAAAAAUCAUCUAUACUGGUAAAGAAGGCAAAAGCUCUCAGGGAUGUCCUAUUGCUAAAUGGGUGUUCCGCAGGAGCUCGUCCAAGGAGAAGCUGCUGUGCCUGGUUCGGGAGCGCACGGGCCACACGUGUUCCGCGGCUGUGAUCCUGGUGAUGAUCAUGGUGUGGGACGCGAUCCCGCGCAGCCUGGCUGACCAGCUCUACACCGAGCUCAGGGAGACCCUGCACAAGCAUGGCACACUCACCAACCGGCGCUGCGCACUCAACGAGGAGAGGACAUGUGCCUGCCAGGGGCUGGACCCAGAGACCUGCGGUGCCUCCUUCUCUUUUGGCUGUUCAUGGAGCAUGUACUAUAAUGGGUGUAAGUUUGCCAGAAGCAAGGUCCCGAGGAAGUUUAAACUACUUGGAGAUGACCCAAAAGAGGAAGAGAAAUUAGAGUCACACUUGCAAAACCUGGCCACACUGAUUGCACCAAUAUACAAGAAACUGGCGCCCGAUGCCUACAACAACCAGGUGGAGUACGAGCACAGAGCCCCCGACUGCCGGCUGGGGCUGAAGGAGGGCCGCCCAUUCUCUGGGGUCACCGCAUGCUUGGACUUCUGCGCCCACGCCCACAGGGACUUGCACAACAUGCAGAACGGCAGCACAGUGGUGUGCACGCUCACGAGGGAAGACAAUCGAGACCCGGAUAGCACGCCUGAGGACGAGCAGCUGCACGUGCUGCCUCUGUACAAGAUCUCCGACGUGGACGAGUUCGGGAGCGCGGAGGCUCAGGAGGAGAAGAAGCGCAGCGGUGCCAUUCAGGUGCUGAGCUCCUUCCGGCGGAAGGUCCGGAUGCUGGCAGAACCGGCCAAGACCUGCAGGCAGAGGAAGCUGGAGGCCCGGAAAGCGGCCGCCGAGAAGCUGUCCUCGCUGGAGAGCAGCGCCAGUAAGACUGAGAAGGAGAAGGCGGCCGCUCUGCGGACAAAACAGGCCGAGGCUGCAGGCCAGGCCAAGCAGCUGACAGAACUUCUGCGACUUCCAGGACCAGCCACACAGCAGCCCCCACUGCAGAGGCAGCCCCCGCAGCUACAGCCCCAGCGGCCCUCUCAAACCCCCCAGCCGCCACAGCACACCUUUUCUGGGAAGCCCCAGCCGGAGUCCGUGGGAACCUAUUCCUCUGCAGCCCCUGGCCUGUACAUGCGACGGCCCAACCCAGUCAGCUCUUACCCCAGCUCCUCCCUCACGGCAGACAUGUACAGGGGUGCCAGCCCUAUGGGCAUCUACUCCACCUCCCCCCAAUCUGCAGGUUCGUAUUUGAGUUCCUCUAAUCCCAUGAAUCCUUACCCUGGGCUCUUAAAUCAGAAUAACCAGUACCCAUCAUACCAGUGCAAUGGGACUGCGGCCAUGGAUAGCUGCACCCCUUAUCUGGGCUCUUAUGCUCCCCAGUCUCAGCCUAUGGAUCUGUAUGGAUAUCCGGGCCCCGACCACCUUGCUAAGCUAGACCUCCCACCCAUCCACAGCCUGUACCAGCAGAGGUUUGGAAACACCCAGAGUUUCCCCUCCAAGUACUUGGCCUAUGGGACCCCAAGCGUGCAGGGUGAUGCCUUCAGCACUUGUGCCAUUCGGCCUGGCAGCCACCCCAUUGGACCCUUUUCUCCCUACACCCCCCACGAGAUGGAUGGCCGCUUCAUGGGUGCUGCCUCCAGAUAUCCCCCUGGCCUGGGCCAUCCUGGUGUGGACUAUAAGAAUGGGGAGCACCAUACGGCCACCCACCUGGUCUCUAACUACGGCGCGUCUGCAGGCAGCAUCAGCAGCUCCCUGCACGCCCUGCACCUGCAGAACAAGGAGAACGCCGGGCUUCCACACACGGCCAAUGGGCUGCCCAGGGGGCUCCCCCAGGACAGACCCCCAUCCGUGCAGGGACUGCCACACAAGCUAAGCGAGGCCAGCAGUGAGGAGAAGCUGCCCGAGGCCCCUGAGGACAAUGACGAGGUAUGGUCGGACAGUGAGCUGAGCUUCCUGGACCCCGACAUUGGGGGGGUGGCUGUGGCCCCCACCCACGGCUCCCUGCUCAUCGAGUGUGCCAAGCGUGAGCUCCACGCCACCACCCCCCUGAACAACCCCGACAGGAACUGGCCCACCCGUAUCUCCCUAGUCUUCUAUCAGCACAAGAGCAUGAACGAGCCCAAGCACGGCCUCGCACUCUGGGAGGCGAAGAUGGCAGAGAAGGCCCGGGAGAAGGUGGAGGAGGGCGACCGGACCGGGCCCGACUGCACGGCCCAGAAGGCGCACGGCAAGAAGGUGAAGCGGGAGCCGGCAGAGCCGCCCGAGCCCACCUACCUGCGCUUCUUCAGGUCCCUGGCCGAGAAGACCAGCUCGAUGACCACCGACUCCACCAUCACCACGGCGCCCUACGCCUUCACGAGGGUCACUGGGCCCUACAGCAGGUACAUCUGACGGCCUGGCUGCAGUGGGGACCGGGGAGGGCGGGGGUGGCGCAGUGCUGACAGCAGGCCCCAGCUGGGCAGCGCAGUAAGCUCAUCUUCCGAGGCGCUGAGACCCACGGACUGGUCAGCGAUGGACUGGUCAGCGAUGGACUGGUCAGCGAUGGACUGGUCAGCGAUGGACUGGUCAGCGAUGGACUGGUCAGCGAUGGACUGGUCAGCGAUGGACUGGUCAGCGAUGGACUGGUCAGCGAUGGACUGGUCAGCGAUGGACUGGUCAGCGAUGGACUGGUCAGCGAUGGACUGGUCAGCGAUGGACUGGUCAGCGAUGGACUGGUCAGCGAUGGACUGGUCAGCGAUGGACUGGUCAGCGAUGGACUGGUCAGCGAUGGACUGGUCAGCGAUGGACUGGUCAGCGAUGGACUGGUCAGCGAUGGACUGGUCAGCGAUGGACUGGUCAGCGAUGGACUGGUCAGCGAUGGACUGGUCAGCGAUGGACUGGUCAGCGAUGGACUGGUCAGCGAUGGAGUCGGGAGAGAGACCAAAGCAGUCUAUGCAAAACAGAAAAGGAAAGAAGUGGGGUGGGAGGGAUGCUCCACCAUUUACAUUUUUAAACACUGGUUCUGUUAUCGGGCGGGAUGCUAUGUAAAUGUGAUUCCCUCCUCCCCCCACCCCCACACACACAACUCUACACAUCUGUGACCACUUUUAAUAAUACCGAGUUUGCGUCGUCAUGGAACAUAAAUCAAGUACUGUAGUGUUACAGUUGCAGAAAUCUUACAAUACCAUCUGGUGCUGAAUCUAGGAUGUACUGAAAUACUGGAAUUAUGGUUUCUAACACGCAGUUUUUACUGUACUCUUAAUAUUAACUUUUAUUUAUCAAGGUAGCUCCAGGAAGCAUAAAGGACAGCAGUAAAACACUGAAUUUGUUUGGGUGUUCUAUGAAAUGGUGCUAAGAAAAUGGUGUUUUUCAUAGCUGAAAAUUCAAAUGCCUUUUUAUGAUUGAGAUGUUACCAAUGUACUCCAGCGCCCCGGAAAGAAAGGGGUGCCUUUUCAUUCAAGUUUUUAUCCCGAAUUACCUGUUCCUACACAAGUUUCGUUUUUAAGAUGUGGACAUUUUAAAGGCCUCUGGAUUUUGCUCAUCCAGCCAUGUCCUCUAGGACAAUAAACGUAUCUAUGUACAUCUCUACACCUGCCUUUGUAUAUGUGCACAGACAAAUAUAUAUAAAUUUUUAAAUGGUGUUUUAGAAGCACUUUGCCUACCUAAGCUUUGGCAACUUGAACAAUGCUAAGGUACUGAGACGUUUAAAAACAAAGUUUACUUUUAUUUGAGGAUUUUUUUUCCUAAAGGAGACAAAGUUUUAAAACAUUUUUGCUUUUGGUCACGUGUCUAUUGAUGAGCAAUCAUGUUCGUUAUUAACACAGCCUGUUAAAUCUGAAAUGAGGCAUAUGGAAGUUCAAGCAACUGUCUCAGUCCACAAAGACGUUUUCUGGUGCUCACUCACAGGCUACACUGUCAGACAGUUUUCUGCCAAGGUGUGAGACAAGCCCAUUGCUCAGACAGGUCAGCUGCAAGAACUUUCUGUUAGACACAGGCCAUGAGGGGUUGCGUGCUCCGCACCCCACGCAGGAGAGCCUGUCCUGAGCCCAUGCUGUGUAGGACUCUGUCCUCUGCUCGGAGCUGAAUGGCGUCUGCCUUGGUGUGGAUAGCUCUGUACCCUGGGGUGUUAUCAUGUCUUAGCUUAAAGUGUCCUCCUUCCCCGGAAGACCGGGUGGACUGAUUCCAGCAAAAGAAAAAUAAACAGGGUUAGUUCUGUGUGUGUCUGUUGGUUUAAAAAGAAAUAAAUAAAAUAAAACAGGCAGCUGGUUUGCUGUAGUGGUUUUAAAUCAUUAAUUUGUAUAAAGAAGUGCAAGAGUUGUAUAGUAAAUUAAAUUGUAAACAAAACUUUUUAAAUGCAAUUCUUUAGUAUUUUAGUACUGUAAAAUAAAAUGAAAUAUAUACUUAUAUAAUAUGGAAUUGAAUUCAAAUUCACAUCACGAUGGUGCUACUCAGCCUGCUAUAAUUAUAUCAUAAUGUGAGCUGAAAAUUCACAAAAGGGUUGAGUGAUGUUUCUACUUGCCAUAUACCUCAACACUAGUUUGGCAAUAGGAUUUUGAACCAAGAGUGAAAGCUUAUAGCGUUGUGUACCAUCAUUUUGUUCCAAGUCUUUUUAUAAUUUUUUUAAAAAAUCUUUUUCUCAGUACUUGAUUUCUUAGCAAGUAUAACUUGAACUUCAACCUUUUUGUUCUAAAAAAAAAAUCAGGGAUAUUUCAGCUCCCCUUAUGCCAACAUGUCACCUGUGUUUGUGUACAACUGUUGUAGGUUAAUAAAUAUAUUCUUUUUCAGGGAUUUAACCCUCUUAUUCUGAAUCCCUCCUAUUUUACUUGUACAUGUACUGAUGUAAGUAAAACUAAUUUUUUGUAAAUCUGUUGGCUGUUAAUUGUAAAGAAAAGUGUAGAGACUCUUUUUGAGUAUUUCAUGGAGGAAAAAAUAUUAAUUGAAAAUAGAAUGCACUGAGCUGAUAAAGGGAAAUUUGUAAGCUAGGAGUUUGGGAAGCAGCUGUUGGCCAGAGGACUGAAACUCUCCAGGCAGCCUUUCUGAUGUGAUGGUCGAUACAGUAGAUACUCCUGAGGAUGCAGAUACUCCUGAGGACGUCUGUGAUUGGGCCUGACACCUGAGGCACAGCAUCCAACAGGACUGUGCAGUUACAUUCAGCACUAAGGACAUUUUCCUCACUAGCUUUUCAUAUAAAUUCUCAAUCAGUGAAAACCUGGGUUUUAUUGGUUAAAUCUUUAAUCCUUGCAGACUUUUUUGUUUUAUUGUUUCAAAUCUUAAAAAUCAGUGGAGGCCUUUCAAUUCUCUUGGUCAAAUAUUUAUAAGAUGAUUUUUGUCUUUUAAAAAGCUCUCAAGUUUUUGGCUGUGUCCAAUUUAGAAGCAUUUUAAGCCAUUUGCUUUGCAUUCAGGUCACACGCUGGUACUGGUUUUCUUAACUGUAGUCUAACCAGAAGUACCCCGCCUGUGUCGGAUGGUGCUCUCAGCCAUCCAGUGACUUAUUCGGUGACUGUGUCAUCCACCAUCAUUUUCAAACUGCUGGCCAACAGGAGCAAGAAGUGUAGUCCAGGAGGGGGAAAAGAGUAGGUAGGCGGGAAGGAGGUUGAGUGUCACCUUGUAAAUAUCGGAUCUAUCACUGUACAUAUCUAGCCUGCCUCGUUAGAAUGAAUGGAAAGCUGAGUGACCGUCUGCUUACUCAGGAGUCAGGUGGACUCUGUAGCCACACCGGGAGGCACUUCCGUGGUGGCACCUUUACUUGAAUGAAUUUUUCAUCUUGAUUGACGCACAGUGACAUCUGGCUCACUUCUAAAAGCUAAUGGCUGACUUGGAUAGGAAAUGUUUGCAUUUGGACACUAAGAUAAAUGAACUGCUGUGUGCAUUUUUCUAUGCUUUAUUUUUUAACUUAGUCUCAUUUCAUUCUCAUGAGAUGUUCGGUUUGUCAAAUCUGAGGGCAGUUAUAAAUACUGUAAAGUAUUGUAAUGUUAUGAAUGCAGGAUAUUUGAAAGCUGUUUAUUAUUAUAUCAUUCCUGACAACGCUAUGUGAGUGUUUUUAAUAAAAUUUAUAUUUAUUUAAUGCA